GAGACAACAAGUCCACCAAAGGCCCCCGCUCGAUCGAAAAGGCGAGGCCGGUGCUUUGCCAUACAUACAUACAUAAGCCCCUCCAAAGAGAGGGAGUGGUUGGCUCGGAUCGGAGCAGUUGGCUGCAGCCGCAGUUUGUUGGAGCGGUUGGCCCUCGCACUCGCACUACCCCCCGCCCUUUUUCUCCCGCCAUAUUUCUACUUCUCCCGGCCCACCCCCCCUCAGCUCGCCCUCCUCCCGCCCCCCACCUGCUCGAUCUCCACUCCGUCUCCAUCUCCAUCCGAUCCAAGAUGCCGCCGAGGCAGUGGAGGCCGAUGCUGGCGUCGGCGACCAAGUGCUGCGCGGCGGAGGACGCGGUGGUGGCGGUGGAUGGCAGCGGCGGCGGGGGCGGCCUCGCGCGGUGCAGGCCGGCGCGGUCCGAGUUCUCACGGAGGCUGGCGUCGUUCCGGAAGCUGUCGUCGAUGACCAACAGCCCGGCGUCGUCCGUCGCGGGGGCGGCGGAGGGGGGGAAAGACGACGGCGAGGAGGGGGGCGGCGGCGGUGGCGGCGUGUCCGGCCCGCUGCAGCUCUACUCCUUCAGCUUCUCCGAGCUCCGGUCCAUCACGCACGACUUCUCCAGCAGCUACCUGCUCGGGGAGGGCGGCUUCGGCGCCGUCCACAAGGGCUUCGUCGACGCCGGCAUGCGCCCCGGCCUCCUGCCCCAGCCCGUCGCCGUCAAGCAGCUCGACAUCGCCGGCCUCCAGGGCCACCGGGAGUGGCUGGCGGAGGUGAUCUUCUUGGGGCAGUUCCGGCACCCGCACCUGGUGAAGCUGCUGGGCUACUGCUGCGAGGACGAGGAGCGCCUCCUCGUCUACGAGUUCAUGCCGCGCGGCAGCCUCGAGAACCACCUCUUCAAGAGGAUAUCGGCGACGGUGCCGUGGGGCACGCGUCUGAAGAUCGCCAUCGGCGCCGCCAAGGGCCUCGCCUUCCUCCACGGCGCCUCCACCCCCGUCAUCUACCGCGACUUCAAGGCCUCCAACAUCCUCCUCGACUCGGAGUUCACGGCGAAGCUGUCGGACUUCGGGCUGGCGAAGAUGGGGCCGGAGGGUUCGGAGACUCACGUGACGACGCGGGUGAUGGGCACGCACGGGUACGCGGCGCCGGAGUACGUGAUGACGGGGCACCUCAACAUCAAGAGCGACGUGUACAGCUACGGCGUCGUGCUCCUGGAGCUCCUGACGGGGCGGCGCGCCAUGGAGCAUGUCAGGGGGAGGAGCCUCCACGCCGACCAGGUGGUCAAGAUCGUCGACUGGACCCGCCCCUACCUCGGCAGCAGCCGCCGCCUCCGCUGCAUCAUGGACCCGCGCCUCGCCGGCCACUACUCCGUCAAGGCCGCCCGCGCCGUCGCCCACCUCGCCGUCCAGUGCACCAGCCCGCAGCCGCGCGACCGCCCGCGCAUGGCCGCCGUCGUCGACGCCCUCGAGCGCCUGCAGGGCUUCAAGGACAUGGCCGUCACCGUCGGCCUCUGGCCCACCAACGCCCCCGUCGCCGGCAGGAACGCCAUCUCCGCCAAGAUCCGCGCCGAGGUCAGAGGCGCCGGCUCCGGCGGCGGCGCGGCCUCGCGGCGGCGGAGCGCCUCCGCCAAGCUGCCCUGAUCGCCCGCGUGCGUUCGUGGGCGCGCCACGUCAUCGCGAGUACGUAUUUGUAUACGUGUACGUGUGUGUAUAUACUUUAGCUGCUGUAUAAGAUGGCACGGCCGAUGUAUUGUACGUGGUGAUCAUCGAGCUUGAUUGAUUUUUUUUUAGCCAUAUGGAUUAUGGAUUAUUGCGGAAUUAAUACUGAUCUGUAUCACCAUAUGUACGUACUUAGUAGGAGUAUUUAGUUUUAGGUGCCAUGAUGCUGGUAGAUCAUGCAUGCAUGUAUGAUGAAUUGUACUUUCAUCCACCGAUUGCUGAUUGCAAGUUCGUGCAUCAGUAAUCGGUCAUUUCGAUAUUAUCUUUUUUUUUCCUUGAA